CCGGUCUCCAUUAUAAUUAUAAAUGCCCCGCCAUUUGAAGAACACUGAACACCCCCCAAUAUGGAUCGCAUAGUAAUGUUUUCGCUGUCUUCUGUACUACUCAUAACGCUAUUGAGCGACGCGGCCAUCCACGGCUGCGACGCAGUCGAAUACACCGUCACCAACACGGCGGCGAACACCCCCGGCGGCGCCCUUUUCGACAGAGACAUCGGAGAAGAAUACACCAAACAGGCUCUUGACUCAGCCACCAACUUCAUAUGGCGGGUCUUCCAGCAGAACUCCCCCGCUGACCGGAAAGACGUCCAGAAAGUCAGCCUGUUCGUGGACGACGCGCUGAACAACGGGGUGGUGGCGUACGCGAGCAACGGCGAGAUCCACGUCAGCGGCAGCUACCUCGGCGGGUACUCCGGCGACGUGAAGGCGGAGUUCACGGGAGUGCUGUACCACGAGAUGACUCACAUCUGGCAGUGGAACGGGGACGGCGCCGCUCCGGGGGGUUUGAUAGAAGGGGUGGCCGAUUUCGUGCGGCUGAGAGGCGGGUAUGCGCCGAGCCACUGGAAGAAGGCCGGGGAAGGUGACCGGUGGGACGCCGGGUACGACGUGACGGCGCGGUUCCUGGAUUACUUUAAUGAUCUGAAGAGUGGGUUCGUGGCUGAACUCAAUGGGAAGAUGAAAGAUGGUUACAGUGACAGUUACUUCGUGGACAUUGUGGGAAAAUCCGUUGACCAACUCUGGACGGAUUACAAGGCUAAAUAUAACACUGCUUGACUUGCACUAUUUAAAUUUAAGGAAAUUGUCCAGCCAAAAAAAAAUAAAAAAAUUGUAUUUCAAUAAUAAUAUAUACGUACGGAGUAAUAAUAAGAGCCAUGCGUGGUAAUUGGUGAAUACUCAAUUAUGGUGUAAUAUUGUCAUAUUUACAGCUUUGAUAAUUCGGAAGGAAAAUGCUAAAGUUUGGUUCUCUUUGAAAAAUAUAUUACUCACACUUUGUAAUU